AUGCCUCUAGAGACUGGAAAGGAAGAAAGCAAGAACAUUGAUACAAACAACGUCGCGGCGCUAACAUUCACCUUCAGGCAGCUAGCAACUGCUACCAACAACUUCAGGGAAGACUUUUUGAUCGGCGAAGGCGGUUUCGGUAGGGUUUACAAGGGAACACUCGAGAAGACCGGGCAGAUUGUGGCUGUGAAGCAAUUAGAUCGAAACGGAUUGCAAGGGAACAAAGAGUUCAUCAUAGAGGUGUUGAUGUUGAGUCUUCUGCAUCAUAAACAUCUUGUCAAUCUUAUUGGCUAUUGCGCUGAUGGAGACCAGAGACUUCUCGUCUAUGACUACAUGCCUCGUGGCUCACUCGACGAUCAUCUCCUCGAUCUAAUGCCGGAUCAAGACCCGUUGGAGUGGAACUCAAGGAUGAGAAUCGCGUUAGGAACGGCCAAGGGUUUAGAAUACUUGCAUGACAAGGCGGAUCCUCCAGUGAUAUACAGAGAUAUGAAGGCAGCUAAUAUUCUUUUGGACAGUGACUUCAACGCCAAGCUAUCAGAUUUUGGACUAGCGAAGCUUGGCCCUGUAGGAGACAAGCAACACGUGUCCUCCAGAGUUAUGGGAACUUAUGGAUAUUGUGCUCCUGAGUAUCAGAGAACCGGACAGUUAACCACAAAAUCCGAUGUGUACAGCUUCGGAGUUGUGUUGUUAGAGUUGAUUACAGGUCUAAGAGUGAUUGAUUUGAGCAGACCCAAAGAGGAACAGAAUCUAGUGACUUGGGCACAAGCUGUGUUCAAGGAACCGAGCAGAUUCUCGGAAUUAGCGGAUCCAAGCAUGGAGAGAGAGUUCCCGGAGAAGUCGUUGAAUCAGGCAGUGGCAGUAGCCGCCAUGUGUCUGCAGGAGGAGGACUCGGUCCGACCACUAAUGAGUGAUGUCGUAACGGCAUUGGGUUUUCUGGGAGCUGCUACAGAAUGCUAUGAAAAUGUCCCAAGGGAACACUUCAGUGGUGUCGUAGAGAAUGUGGCGGUGGCAGAGGAGGAGCGGAAACGGGAGGUUGCUUCCAGAUUGCAUUUCCGUAACCCAAGUGCUUCUUGA